AUGACAACCACAGAUCCCGUCGAAGCGCCGCGCGCGCACCGGAUUCCCUACUGGCGCAUCUUGACUGACCAAGGGGUCGUCACCUCUGAGAUUAUCGACUACCCUUACGUUGGUUCAGGGACCGAGGAAGAUCCUUUCGUUGUCGAAUGGAUUCGCAAUGACCCACGUAACCCGAUGGAGUUUGAUACGCGCCUCAAAUGGGUAUACACCGUUAUCGUCGCCUUCGCCACAUUCUCUGUGUCGCUUGCCUCAUCGGCCUACGCUGGUAGCAUUGGUGAGGUUCUCAAGGAAUUUGCCGUGAGUGAAGAAGUGGCCACUCUCGGUGUAUCCUUGUUCGUGCUUGGAUUCGCGGUUGGUCCACUGCUUUGGGCACCUCUCUGCGAACUCAUUGGUCGCCAGAUCGUAUUUUUGAUCACCUUCCUUUCACUAUCCGCAUUCUGCGCUGGCGCAGUUGGCUCUCAAAACAUAUGGACCUUGAUCAUUCUACGCUUCUUCGCCGGUUCCUUCGGUUCCUCGCCUCUCACCAACGCCGGUGGAGUUAUCGCGGAUAUCUUCACUGCGGACCAGCGAGGGCUAGCAACUAGUCUUUUUGCUGGAGCACCCUUCUUGGGUCCAACAUUGGGGCCUGUUAUUGGUGGAUUCUUGGGUCAAUAUGCUACAUCUGAUGGAUACCUGGGCUGGCGGUGGGUUCAGGUAUUCUUAGCUGUCUUUACAGGCCUGAUCUGGAUCGUCCAGGGUCUUUUAAUCCCCGAAACAUAUGCUCCUCUGCUGCUCAAUAAACGGGCGGACCGACUUUCUGCGCUCACUGGACGUGUUUACCGCAGCAAAUUCGAGAUAGAGCGCGGUCGCCUAUCAGCUCGAGAUGCAUUUACUGCGGCGCUAGGGCGCCCGUGGAUUCUGCUAUUUUCAGAGCCUAUUGUUUUGCUGCUCUCAUUAUAUAUGGCUAUUGUUUACGGUACCCUCUAUAUGCUCUUUGAUGCGUUCCCAAUCAUCUUCCAGGACAUUCGUGGCUGGGGCGAGGGUGUCGGAAGUCUUCCAUUCCUUGCAGUCAUGAUUGGAAUGAUGAUAGCCGUCGGCCUAAACAUGUACGACAAUAAGCGGUAUGUGAGAAUUCACAAAGCCCACAACGGAUUUGCACCCCCCGAAGCCCGUCUCCCACCUACUAUGUGGGGCGGCCUUGCUAUCCCGGUCGGGCUGUUUUGGUUCGCAUGGACAAACUCUCAAUCUAUCCCUUGGAUAGUGAGUGUUCUAGCAACAGCUCCCUUUGGGUUUGGCAUGGUAUUUGUUUUCCUUGGGAUCAUGAACUAUCUCAUUGACUCGUACACAAUCUAUGCUGCGUCCGUGCUUGCAGCCAACUCGAUCAUUCGAUCUUGCUUUGGUGCCGGGUUUCCGCUUUUUACAACCUACAUGUACCAAAAUCUAGGAAUCCACUGGGCAUCUUGUGUUCCAGCUUUCUUGUCUCUUGCUUGUGCGCCAUUCCCAUUCAUCUUUUACCACUACGGCCCAACCAUCCGCCGCAAAUGCAGGUAUGCUGCUGAAGCGGAUAGUUUCAUGCGCAGCUUGGCCCAGAAAGCCAAGGCACAUGAGGGUACAAAUGACAAACUGGAUGAAGUUUCAUCAAAUGGAUCGAACGCUCCCGAAGUACCGGGGUCUGCUGACGAUGCUACAUCAAUCUCUUCCCGCUCAUCUUUGGAGCGUACCGAAACUGCGUACGAUGCCAACCCUUAUGACAUUGACCACGUGAAUACCCAAAACUCAGCCAUCACUCGCCGAUCGCGCUCCACAGAACGCCACUCACGGGGAUUAUUUGGCUUUUGGCGCAGAUGA